AAUAGCCAAUACAGUAUAAUGUCGUCGUCGAUUCAAUUGCUUAAUCCCAAGGCGGAAUCAUUAAGACGUUCUCAAGCACUCCAAGUCAACAUAAACGCCGCUCAAGGACUUCAACUGGUCCUUGCCUCAAACUUGGGCCCUAAGGGAACAUUGAAGCUUUUGGUUGAUGGUUCAGGAGGAUUGAAAUUGACCAAGGACGGGAAGGUCCUUUUGACAGAAAUGCAAAUCCAGCACCCUACUGCCGUGAUGAUCGCUAGAGCCGCUACUGCCCAGGAUGAAAUCACCGGUGAUGGAACCACCACAGUUGUUUUGCUUGUGGGUGAAUUGUUAAAACAAGCUGAGAGAUUUAUCAGUGAAGGUGUCCACCCUCGAGUCAUCGUUGAUGGGUUUGAAAUUGCUCGUGAGAAUGCAUUAAAGUACUUGGACGAGUUUAAACAAGUCCCCGAUGAUUUCGACAGGGAAUUCCUCUUGCAAAUUGCUAGAAGCUCGUUAGCUACUAAGGUGCCAAGCGAAUUGGCCGAUGUCUUGACUCCAAUAGUCACUGAUGCCGUCUUGACUGUUCGUGGUGAUAACGACAGAAAUUUCGAUUUACAUAUGGUGGAAAUUAUGACUAUGCAACAUGGCCAUUCCAAAGACACCGAAUUGAUCAAAGGGUUGGUAUUGGAUCACGGGGCUCGUCACCCAGACAUGCCCCGUCGUGUUGAAAACGCCCACGUCCUUAUCUUGAAUGUUUCCUUAGAAUAUGAGAAAACCGAAGUCAACUCCGGGUUCUUCUACUCUUCCGCCGAACAGCGUGAAAAGUUGGUUGCUUCCGAACGUAAAUUCGUGGAUGACAAAUUAAGAAAAAUUAUCGACUUGAAAAACCAAGUGUGUGACUUAAACUCCAACCAAGGGUUCGUUAUAAUAAAUCAGAAGGGUAUUGAUCCAAUGUCCUUAGACGUGUUGGCUAAGAACGGGAUAUUAGCGUUGAGAAGAGCCAAAAGAAGAAACAUGGAAAGAUUACAAUUAGUAUGUGGAGGUGAAGCCCAAAACUCCGUCGACGAUUUAUCCCCCAAGAUCUUGGGUUACUCGGGAUUGGUCUACGAAACCUCCAUCGGAGAAGAUAAAUUCACCUAUGUCACCAAAAACAAGGAUCCAAAAUCUGCCUCCAUCUUAAUCAAGGGUUCGAACAACCACGCCCUUGCCCAAAACAAAGACGCCGUAAGAGACGGAUUAAGAGCCGUGGCUAACGUCAUCAAGGAUCGCUCCAUCUUGCCUGGUGCCGGUGCCUACUGGUUAAGUUGUAAUGACUACUUGUUGCACUCUCAAGACAGUAAGAAAUUCUUGAAGGGUAAGAACAAGUCCGGAAUCAGAGCCUUUUCCGAAGCCUUGCUCGUCAUUCCAAAGACCUUAUCUUCCAACGCAGGUUUAGACCAAUUGGAAACCCUCUCCAACUGUCAAGAUGAAGUUGUCGAAGGCCACGUCGUUGGUGUCGAUUUGAAAUCAGGUGAACCAAUGGACCCAACCGUGGAAGGUAUUUGGGAUUCUUAUAGAGUGGUGAGAAAUGCCGUGAGUGCAGCCACUGGUAUCGCUUCUAAUUUAUUGUUGUGUGAUGAAUUAUUAAAGGCUGGUAGAUCUUCAUUGAAGCAAGGUGAUGGUGCCGGUGCCGGUGGUGCUCCUGCCGGUCCACCAGGUGGAAUGCCCGGUAUGCCACCUAUGAUGUAAUAGAUAAUUUUGGUAUAUAGAAGGAAGAUUUAAUAUAAGGAAUUUCUUAUACAAAAAAAAAAGGAAAAA